UAGUUUGGAUAAAAAAUUUUGUUUACCUUAUUUUCAAUAUUUUUUAUUAUUCGUAUACAAUUUAGUAUUUACUAUUUAUUCAAAUUAAUUAAGACUGUUCAAGGCACCGUUAAGUCGUUCAAAUUAUUUUAUUCUAUUCGUUUUAAUUGUUCCUUUUUAGUAAAAAUCGUAACAAUGGCUGCUGUAGCAAAUAAACCAAAAUCUGAAAUGACUCCAGAAGAGCUAGCAAAGCGUGAAGAAGAAGAAUUUACUACAGGCCCUAUGUCGGUACUAACCCAAUCUGUACGUAAUAAUACUCAAGUAUUGAUAAAUUGUCGUAACAAUAGAAAACUUUUGGCAAGAAUCAAAGCAUUUGAUCGGCAUUGUAAUAUGGUAUUAGAAAAUGUAAGGGAGAUGUGGACUGAAUUACCUAAAACUGGCAAAGGCAAAAAAAAAGCUAAGGCAGUUAGUCGAGACAAAUAUAUUUCUAAAAUGUUUCUACGUGGUGAUUCGGUUAUUUUAGUUGUCAAGAAUCCUAAAGAAGCUGUUCGACAACAACCGCCAGCCCUUUGAAAUGUACUUCCCCUUUUUAAAAAUUAGAUUUAAGACGAUGCAAUUAAUAAAUUCAAUGUAUAUUUGGGUAAUACUUGA